UUCUGAAGUGGUGGGCUCGGAACAGUGUUAGAUAUCCCAUUCUUUCAGAGAUGGUUAGGGAUAUAUUAGCAGUUCCAGUCUCCUCUGUUGCAUCGGAGUCCGCUUUCAGUUGUGGAGGUCGAGUUCUUAGUCCUUUCAGGUCCUCUUUAAGCCCAAACAUUGUGGAGGCAUUGAUAUGUGCUGAAGAUUGGAUAAGAUAUGAAAAUGGAAAGACUGCAAAUGAACUGAAUGAUAAGGAAGAAGAUCAAGAGACAAUCGAUUAUGAAAGUGUUACUAAUACUUUCCAAUCUCGAGUGGAAGCUUCAAGU